GUUUUAUGUGAUAACAACAAGUACGAUUAAUUGCGCGAAAGCUCCUGAAUCUGCAUUUGAAAUGCAGCGGACAUGAGUCGGGAGAGAGUUUAAAACGAUUCGAGAGUCGACUCGAGUGGAUCCACACGUGCUCCCGUGACUAAGUUCGUUCCUAUCAGUCGCGGAGAAUUGUGUUGGUUGCACGGAAGGCGACGAAUAGGUGAACACGCAUUUGCGAGCGAUGGGGUUUGAUGUGAACCGCUUCCAAGGCGACGUUGACGAGGAGCUCCUAUGCCCCAUUUGCUCCGGUGUACUCGAAGACCCCGUCCAGGCACCAGUUUGUGAACAUGCCUUCUGUCGUUCCUGCAUCAAUGAAUGGAUAAACCGUCAACAUACAUGCCCACUGGACCGUACACCGAUUGUAGUUACUCAGCUAAGAGGAGUUCCUCGAAUUCUUAGAAACUUAUUGGCUCGCUUGUCUAUCAAAUGUGACAAUGUUGUAUAUGGUUGUUCUGUGGUUGUCAAGUUAGAUAGUUUGGCCAAUCAUCUUGAGCAAUGCGAAUACAAUCCUAAAAGACCGAUGCUCUGUGAACAAGGCUGCAGCUUGAUUAUUCCAAAGAAUGAGCUUAAGGAUCAUAAUUGCGUACGUGAGCUCAGAAACCUGAUACAAUCACAGCAACAAAAGAUGGCAGAUAUGAAGCGAGAGAUUGGCGAACAUCAGUUGCAGAUUAAUGAGCACAAACGCGAAAUACAUUUACUAAAGGAUUUCAUGCGAGCGCUUAGAGUUUCCAAUCCAACAAUGCGCGCAAUAGCCGACCAGAUGGAACGGGACGAUGUUGUGAGAUGGUCAGCUACUCUUCCACGUGCGAGGGUUACCAGAUGGGGUGGCAUGAUAUCGACACCGGACGAAUUACUUCAGACAAUGAUAAAGAGAACUCUUUCGGAGUAUAAUUGUCCACCUCACGUAAUCGAUGAGCUGAUGGAGAACUGUCAUGAGAGAAGGUGGCCACCAGGCCUUAGUUCACUUGAAACACGACAAAACUCUCGGCGACAAUAUGACAACUACGUCUGUAAAAGAGUACCCGGCAAGCAGGCGGUAUUGGUUCUUCACUGUGAUAACACACACAUGCCAGAAGACAUGAUGGUCGAGCCGGGGCUAGUGAUGAUCUUUGCACAUGGCAUUGAGUAAAAUAACCAGACAUUGCACAUGAAUGGGCCCAUAGCACAAACCUCCAAAGGACGCCCUAAAAACGUCCAGAAGACGUCCCACGUCCUAAGGACAUUCCCAGGACGUCCCUUGGAUAAAGCAUGCUGUGUGGGGGAGGUAGUGAAUUUUGUUCGCUCUUCUCCGUCAUUUGUCGUUUGACGUAUGUUGCCCUGGGUCGAUCUGAUCGAUUGUUUCGAGAAGCAUUCAUCAUUACCAAGGUUCCAUCGAAGAUCCAUCACCGGGAGACUCGCGCGUUUACGGCUGGAACCCUUAAAUUGCACGGUCCUUGGUGCGAUAAAUCGCCGUCGAGCACGAUUUUACGAACGAUGAUGCACACCAUCGUAUUUUGUGAUACAAAUGCAAUUGUACAGGCGCGAUUGCUGCGUACGGAUCGAUCGAGACGACUGUAAAUCGAUCUAGCAACAAACCCGACAAACCCAAUAACGUAAUAUUCCCUGAAGCGAUCCGUACGAUAUAAAAAAAUCAGUUACCUUAAUCGACCUAUCUCCCACCUCUUAACCUCCAUCUCCAGAAAAACCUAAUCCAUCGAAUGUCUGGAUCGUUGCACUGUGAUAUACCACUUUGGUGAGAAACCUCCUGAAAUCGCGUGAUAAAUGACCGACCAUCUUUCGGCCGGUCUAUCGAUCGAUUUGUAAAUUUUCGCCGGCGGUCCGUUUAUCGUUCGUUUCAGGAUCGUUUUACAGAUACUUCGAAGUCUGUGAGUGUUUUACUAUAAUAUUUUAGAGGAGUAAGCAAUGGCCGAAGUUGAUAGAAGCCUAUCAGUGAUCUGAGUACGAGAUACGUUCGCUACAGAUGCGAUUCUGCUCUUAAAAAUCUCGGACCUGUCAGCAUCCUUUUUCCUGAAUUCUUUUAAAAGAUAUUUCUCUUCCUUUUAGUCAUCUCCUCUGAAUCUUUUCUCCUUGUAAACUUUUCAUAAAUUGUACGUCAUAGGAAAGUUAAUCUCUGUCGUUCUCUCUACACACCACAUGAGUCUCACUAUUUCCUGAAAAUUGUUGCCGAUAUUUAUUUGUUGAAACACAGAUACGUUGCGAAAAACUUGUUAUUUUGAACUGAAAGCAUGUUUCGCUUUAGUUUUAUGUUAUUGCACACUGUCCUACCGCCACUUUUGUGAGAGGAAAUUUGUUAAAUUUCUAUUUUAAACAGAUGUUUAUUUAUAAUUUAUAAAUGAAUUAUUAAA